GCGUCACGUGCGUCAAAAGGGGCAACCGCUGAAUGAUAUUGACGCCAUUUUCAUUUUGAGUACUAGAAAACACAAGAAAGGAAGGAAAAUUUAACGUAUUUUUAACUUAACUGAAAGCAAAAUGCCGAAGAAUAAAGGAAAGGGAGGUAAAAACCGACGAAGAGGAAAGAACGAAAAUGAGUCCGAAAAACGUGAGCUCGUGUUUAAAGAGGACGGACAAGAGUACGCUCAGGUUACUAAGAUGUUGGGAAACGGCCGACUAGAGGCCAUGUGUUUUGACGGAAUGAAGCGACUCUGUCACAUUCGUGGAAAACUAAGAAAAAAGGUGUGGAUAAAUACUGGAGAUAUAAUUCUCCUUGGACUAAGAGACUACCAGGACACCAAGGCCGAUGUCAUUCUGCGCUACAACACAGAUGAGGCUCGUAACUUGAAAUCUUAUGGAGAGCUACCAGAAACAGCUAAAAUCAACGACACCACAUUCGCACCAGAAGAAGAAGAUGAAAUUGCCUUUGAUGAUCUCUAUGAUGAACGUGGUGAAGAUGCUGAUGUGGAUGCUAUCUAAGUUCCUAACAAAGAAUGAGCUACGCUUAAUGGAUAUUAUGUUUCUGAUCAUUUAAAUAUAUAUUAAAGUAGACAAGAACAAGAAGCUGGAAGUCACAAUUCUGAAGACUAAAAUAUGCAAAAAAGGAAAAAUGCAAGGACAGUUUGCAAUGUACAACAUGGACAUGUUGAAAAAUUCCUACAAAGUUCAACUGAAGGACAGAAAAAUUGACUUCCGUAUCUGUUGAAAAUGUCUGAGAUUUUUUCUUUCUGAAUUCUUCAAUAUUUUUGGGAAAAUGUCUUUUAGAGCAAAAGAUAAACCAAGUAGACAUUUAAAUCUGACAAUGACAAGUGUUAUCCUAAAAUUCAUUUGUAUGUGUGAAAAGCUAGCUACAUAACACUUUAGUUAUUGCCAGUAAUAAUUAUUCUAGUUUUGCACAAAUGGAUUAAUUUCACCUGGCAUGACUUAUAUGGACGACACCUUUCCUGUCAAACCUGCGCAGUGUCAUGUCUAAUUAAUUGAUUAGAUAGUCUGUAAAAAGUACCAUUUAAACCAUUUUUUUGAAAUACAGUUCAAUCCUGCUUUAGUGACACCCACUGUAUAUGGACACCCAGCUAUUUAUGGCCUAUUGUUUUGUCCCAGUGGAUGGCAUUUACUCUUAAAAAUGACUGCGUUAAUACAGGGUAAGGAGGACCCUGUAGGUGUCUCUAUUUCAAUGACAGGGUUCAACUGUAGUAUAUUAUUCAAAAAUGGACACUUGAAUGAUGAAAGUCCAUCUACAUGAUAGAGUGCAAACAAUUAAUCCGUGAAACACUAAUUACUAAAUGCUACAAGAUAGUGCAAAUUAAACAAUAGAAAACAAUGGAAUUUGCAUGAAAUUGUGCUAUUUAGUAUUACUAAAGUUUCACGGUUAUAUUGUUUGCACUCUAAUAUUGAUAUAAAAAUUAGAUUAUGAUGCAAUGAUUUUUUUUCUUUUCACUGCGCUGAUAGUUGAGAAAUUUUCUUCAAUUCCUUUCCUUGAUUUACAGCAAUACUCGGAUAUUUCAAGUAUUAUAUUAGCUCUGGAGGAAUAUGUCUCCCAAUUGAAAUGUAAGAACUGUAAUCAUCAGAAAGGUUUUGCUACUUUUAAGCUUGUUUCUGGAUAAAAUAUAAAAUGACUUGAUCAAGAUCUACAUUUCUGUAUUCAUGCAUAUUCUGGUAUUGAUUGCAAUAAUGCCUGUAUAAUAUGGCUGUCAUCUCCACAUAAGAACCAUUGACCACUCCUCUAUCAACUGCCAGUGGCAUCAUUUUGUGAUGUAUUUCAUAAGAAAGUAACAAUUUUAAAAUCCUUUUUGUUGCGUUCAAACAAUCUUGAUAAAAAUCAGCUGAUCAUUCUAAUAUCUGGUGAGGAAGAAGAGGAUAAUGGAAAGGCCUAACAAUCACACCACCGUCCCCCUUGGGUAUGGUUUACAUUCUGAAUCCCUUGAACUUUACUUAAAGGGUAGCAUGGUAAUACUGUAUACACGUAGAUUUUUUUGCUGCUUUCAAACUGCAUCUAUUUCACUUAUCUCGUUGAUCAAAAGCUCAGAUAAGGGUCUUAAUGUUUGAGUUGAUGUUUGAACUAAUGAUUACCAAUUGUGUUAGAGUGCUCGCACUAAACCUGUGAAACAAAUACUAAUUUUUAGUACUAAAUAGUGAUAAUCAAACAAUGGGAAACAAAGGAUUCUGUAUGAAAUAGUACUAAUUAGUAUUAAAUAUUAUUCACAGGUUUAGUGCUUGCACUCUGCUAAACACAAAAUUAGAAACUAAUAAAAAUCACAAAGAGAA